GGAAUUGAGAAAAUAAGGCCAUAUUUGAUUCACUUCCAGUGACCUCAUUCUUCUAAUUCUUGCCGAUUCUAGAAAAGAAUAAGCAAGAAUGAUUGAGAUAUAGGUGUUUGGAUAUUCAUUUCUUGUCGCAUAAUUCAUUCUUCCCAUCCUACUAAUUCUGUUUUUUUGUUCGAGCUCGAGUCCUCUCGACUUGAACUCACUGAACCCUCGUCCCUCUCUUUCUCUCUCUCUCUCUCUCUUCUGUACAAGGUAAACCCUCGUCACUCUCUCUCUCUCUCUGUGUACAAGGUAAUGGUGGGCUCGAUCUGUUGAAGUCCUAAAGCUAAGUUCGAUCCAAAGAUCUCGAACCAAGCGCAAUGCUCCCAAAAGAAAAAGCAAAACUGCAGAAAAAGGCGAAAAGCAGGAAGCGAGUGAAAACGAAGGUCAUCAUCAACAAAAGCAGAUCCCGCCGUUCAUCUCACUAAGCCGAUCCAUCGAUCGAUCGAGAGAGAAGAGGAGAGCCAGCGAUGGCGGUCUCCGUCUCAGUUUUGGCCGUCGUCACGUCCCUCCAUCUCGUCGCCUUCGUCCUCGCUGUAGGCGCCGAACGUCGUCGGAGCACAGGUAAGGUGCAACCGGAUGAGUACGACGAACGCACGUUCUGCGUAUACGAUUCGGAUGUGUCGACGGUGUACGGAUUGACGGCGUUUGGUCUUUUGUUGAUUAGUCAAUUUUUGGUUAACUGCAUUACGAAAUGCCUCUGCUUCGGGAGAGGGCUCAUGAGCGGGAGGAGCUCCACCGCCUGUGCCAUAUUCUUCUUUGUAUUUUCCUGGGCUAGCUUUUUGGGGGCAGAGGCGUGUUUAGUGGCGGGGUCGGCCAGAAAUGCGUAUCACACCAAGUACAGAGGAUACUUCGGCGCACAAGACUUAUCGUGCGCCACUCUCCGGAAGGGCGUGUUUGGCGCCGCGGCCGCUCUUACGUUGUUGUCUUUACUGGGAUCCAUCAUGUAUUACUGGGCCCACGCCAGGGCUGACACCGGUGGAUGGCAGAAGCACCAGAAUGAAGGUGGUUUGCACCCCCACGAACAGCAAAUGAGCAGCGAGUUCCAAAAGAUCUGAUUUGAAACUAUAAAGCCAAAGCAGAGAGUUCUGGGGGUUCUUUAUUCCUUUCCAUUUUGUUUGUGCCAGCAAUGAUCAUCGUCUGAUCAAGUAAGGCUCCAAGUUUUGUGUGCGAGAUUAUGAUUCGAUCAAUCAAGCGGUCCUUAUUGACGACCUAUGUAAGGAAGAUAUACAAAUAUUAUGUAUCUUAAAGAAAUUUUAUUUAUAUUCGUCUUUUUCUUAUAAAGUUACUAUUUUAUGGCA